AUGCUACCAGACGACGUAAAAAGCCUCUGGCUGCCCCGGACCGCGAGGUUGAUCGUCCGUGAAGACCCCCAGGCUGCGUCCAAGUAUAUAGCAGACUACGUUGUCGAGCGCAUCAAGGCCUUUGAGCCGACGCCCGAGAAGCCGUUCGUGCUGGGUCUGCCCACUGGCAGCAGCCCUGAGAUCAUCUAUAAACUGCUCGUGCAGAAGUACAAGAAUGGCGACGUCUCGUUCCGGAACGUUGUCACCUUCAACAUGGACGAGUAUGUGGGCAUCCCGCGUGAGCAUCCCGAGUCGUACCACAGCUUCAUGUACAAGCACUUCUUCUCGCACGUCGACCUGGACCCGGCCAACAUCAACAUCCUGAACGGCAACGCUCCAGACCUGGAGGCCGAGUGCCUGGCGUACGAGGAGAAGAUCAAGGCCGUCGGCGGCAUCGAGCUCUUCCUGGGCGGCAUCGGCGCCGACGGUCACAUCGCCUUCAACGAGCCUGGCUCCAGCCUGCAGUCGCGCACCCGCGUCAAGACGCUGGCCUACGACACCAUCCUGGCCAACUCGCGCUUCUUCGACAACGACGUCUCGCAGGUUCCCGCCAUGGCCCUGACUGUCGGUGUGGGCACCGUGCUGGAUGCCCGCGAGGUCGUCGUCAUCAUCACCGGGGCCCACAAGGCGCUGGCCCUGCAGAAGUGCGUCGAGGAGGGCGUCAAUCACAUGUGGACCCUGUCUGCCCUGCAGCAGCACCAGCACCCCAUGCUCGUCGUCGAUGAGGACGCCACGCUCGAGCUCAAGGUCAAGACGGUGCGCUACUUCAAGUCUAUCGAGAAGGUCGCCCGCCGCCUCGGCUUCGAGCAGAUGCUGCCCUCGGAGGCCCGCAUCUCAGCCAAGCGCAGCACCAUCCGCGAGGGCCUCAACAGCCCGCUCUCACCCAAGGCUGUCAAACCCCCGACCUUCCAAGUACCGAUGCUGGCCCCCAAUCCCAACCCCCAGAGCAUCAGCCGCAGCGUCACCCCCGAACCCGUCCUCGAGAGUAUGGCAAGCCGUAUCUCCCCCGUCGAGCCCUCCGUCGACAGCCUGAACAUCCCCGACGACGUGCCGUUGCAGCGUAUGGGUGCCCGCGUCGCGCCGUUGGCGGGUUAA